AUGGAAUUCUGUGACCGCUACGGCCAGCCGCGCCUUCAAGUCGAGAGAAUCUACGAGCGGUUUCAGAAGCGAUCUCCUGCUCAGCACCACGCUCUCCUUUCUGAGUAUCUGAACGAUGUGGUGGGCAUCAUUGAUUGGCAGCACGCUGCAGUCCUGCCCCUCUGCCUCUGUGCCGGGAUACCGGACCAUUUUCACAACUGGGGCGAUCCAUUGUCCGAAAGCUUGGCGCAAGCAGAGGUGAAUUCACCGGAAAACUUGGACCGUUUAAGUCAGGAAGACCAAGAAAUGACCGAGCAGACCAUGCGAAGGCGUCUUGUUCAUUUUGGCUAUGUCACAUUGACCAAGACGAGGCUGCAGGAUCAUUUGGACGCUCUGCGAAACGAAAACUCCAUGCUUCGAGCUAAGCUAUUCAGUUAUGUCGGCGCCCCUUGGGAAGGCGACUCUGUUACGCUGAAGUACGCUCAUAUACAGCCAAUGAAUCUCGAUGAAACGCAAGCACAUACAGAAUCUGGCUUGUUUCCGAUCCAUUGCUCUGAGGAAGAGAUUCGGCAAUGCGUAGAUAGUUACACGCAGGAGCAGGAGAAGAUGGAAGGACCGUCCGAAAUGAAGGAUCUUAUUGGCACAAACUCCCUUGGCUGA